UUUGACCUCUAACCUCAGCCUCUGACACGAAUAAACAAAAGCGAAGUUGUCAUCCGAUGAAAAACAUGAUAAUCCAGUUAUAACGGCUUUCCACUUAUGGAGUACAUACGGAAUUUUUAAAAUUGGAUGACAGGAAAUAGCGUACACUUAAAUAAAUAUGAUUGUUAAGAGAUAAUUGUGAAUCUUAAUUUCUGACCUCAAUUUAACAGUUUCAUCAACAUGGAAUGGAUGUUUUUGUUUUCAAUAAUUUUGUGUUUAUUUAUGGUGGAGAUCGAAUGUGGAGGCAAGCUAUGGCUCAAAUUGGUCGAUUUCAGUAACAGUCGAGGAAAAGGAGCUAACAAUCAUUAUUGUGACGGGAAGUUCUUUAUAAGAGGCUCUGAUUGCGACCAUAGAUUUAUAAUAUGUCUAGAUACUAUAAAUGGACCACAAAAUACACACGUGUGUGGGUUUGGGCGUUGGAGUACAGCUACAACUUUUAACAAAAAUUCCUUUACAUUUGGAAGUAGGCUCGGCUCUUCUUCAAAUCCAAAGACAUUUUCCUUUAAUAGUUGGAGUGGAUCAUGUAAAUUAAAGAUAGAUAUAUACGACGAUGAUGAUAACCGCGAUGAUUAUGUAGAUUUUAUGGCGAAAUACUACUUUAAAUAUAACCCGGAUUACAAUGAAACAACGGCGACAGUAACCACAUUGAAUCUUUCACACAGGGUGAGAAUGACGGUUCAGAUGAAGGUAUAUUGCGAUCCUGAUUAUUAUGGAAGAGGAUGUGACAUAUAUUGUAAACCUUCUGAAAAAUAUACUUGUAACAAAUUAAAUGGCGCCAAAACAUGUACUGCAGACUGGACUGGAUCAGAAUGUAACGUAAAGAAAGAUGCUUGUGUGAGCGGACCGUGUAAAAACGAGGCUACAUGUCACAACAGCAUGGGCACCUAUCUUUGUGUUUGUAAAGAAGGUUAUGCAGGUGUACAAUGCGAGAAUGAAAUAGACGAGUGUGCCAGUUUUCCUUGUAAGAACAACGGGACAUGCGUAGACCUUAUAAACGAUUACAGAUGUACGUGUCCAUAUGGUUACAGUGGUGACGAUUGUGACUCUUUAACUGAUUUAUGUAAGAGAAAUCCUUGUUUGAAUAACAGCACUUGCGUCAUGGACCCUAACGACGUCAUAUUUCAUUGCGAGUGUGCUAAGGGUUGGAGUGGUCAUCUAUGUGGGAGUGAUGUAGACGAAUGUGAAAGUGAUAAAUGCCAACACAAUUCCAAGUGCAAAAACACGAUUGGUAGUUUUCAUUGCCAAUGUACAGAUGGUUGGACUGGUACUGAAUGUGAAGACGAUGUUGAUGAGUGUGAACAUGUUAACUGUUAUGGAAACUCAACAUGUCAAAAUACAAAUGGAUCAUUUUAUUGCUCAUGUGAAGCGGGUUUCUCAGGACAGCUCUGCGAAGUCGAUGUUGACGAAUGCUCCAGUUCUCCAUGUUUAAACGGUGGAAUGUGUCAAGAUGGAAUAAAUGGGUUCGUUUGUGAAUGUGAGAAAGGUUACACUGGAUUGAAUUGCCAACUGGAGAUUGACGAAUGCAAAGGUAAUCCUUGUCUUCAUAACGGCUCUUGUUACGAUUUAGUUGGUGCAUUUAUGUGUUUCUGCACUGCAAAUUGGACUGGUGACUUCUGUAAUAUUGACAUUAAUGAAUGUGAUAGCAGCCCUUGUCUUAAUGGCGGAAUGUGUGUUAACACACAUGGUAGCUAUUAUUGCCAGUGUUCUGAUGCGUGGAAUGGCUCAAAUUGUCAAUCUGACGUCAAUGAAUGCGAAGACGAUAUAUGUAAAAAUAGAGGGGUAUGUAAGAACACUGAUGGUGGGUUUAUAUGCACAUGCGCUGGUGGAUUUUCUGGAUCCAAAUGUGAAGAUGACAUUAACGAAUGCGCUAGUUUCCCAUGUUUCAACGGGGGCGUUUGUGAAGAUAAAAUUAAUGGGUUUGAUUGCAAAUGUAAGCUGGGCUAUACCGGAAAUCUUUGCAAUAAAGAGAUAGAUGAAUGUUCAGGAAAUCCAUGUCUCAAUAAUGGCUCUUGUUAUGAUCUAGUCGGUUCAUUUAUGUGCUAUUGUACAGAGGGUUACUCAGGUAACGUAUGUGACCUUGAUAUAAAUGAAUGUCACAGUAGUCCUUGUCGUAAUGGCGGAAUUUGUGUAAACACAAAUGGAAGCUUUCAUUGCCUGUGUCCAGGUGCCUGGAAUGGACCUUUUUGUCAAUAUGACGUCAAUGAAUGCGAAGACAGAAUUUGUAAAAAUGAAGGGGAAUGUAAGAAUAGUGAUGGUGGAUAUAGCUGCAUGUGUGCUGAUGGUUUUUAUGGCACAACAUGUGAAGAAGAUAUCAACGAAUGCAUUCAGAAUCCAUGUUCAAAUGGAUCUACUUGCCUGAACGUUUUUGGAGGUUUCCUCUGCAAAUGUUUGUAUGGGUUUACGGGAAAAGAUUGUUCAGAAAAUAUAAAUGAAUGUUCUCCACAACCAUGUCAUGGAAACGCAACAUGCAUUGAUGAAAUCGGACAAUUCAGAUGCAUGUGUCCUCAAUUCUACGAGGGACCAAUAUGCGCAGAUCCAAUCGAUCCUUGUAAAAACAUAAGUUGUUCAAACAACGGAAUUUGCGUUUCAUCAAAUAAUUCAGGUUUAUGUCAUUGUCAUACAGGUUUUAGAGGAAACCAUUGUGAACAACAAAUACUGCCAUUUCAAAUUGAAGAGAGCGGGAUAGUAUGUAAUGGUGUUAAUGAAAAAUUUGUGAUCUAUCUUCACCAAAAAGUUACAUCGGUUAUUAAAAAGGAGAUUGUUUCGAGAAUUAAACAUCUGAUAAAUAAAUAUACUGGAUAUGGUGAAGAUUCUUUGGAAAUAAAGGGAUCAGCAGAAUGGCUGGAAAACAAUCAAGGAGACACAGUAUCCAAUAUGUCUUUAUCUUUAUCAAUCAACGGUACAAAGGUAUGCGGAGAAGACUUAGAAGAAUUAAGGAGCCUUAUUACACAAGGUGAAAGUGAUUUCCCAUUCAAGUUAUACAAUGGCAGUAUUACUGAAUUAAGACAACCGGAACCCGUUGUUGAACGACAAAAGAUGUCAAAGAAGUCAUGGUUAAAAGACAAUUGGUAUUUACUGAUGAUUGCUGUUGGAUUGGUGGUCUUGAUAGCUAUAGUACUUUUUGUUUUACUUAGAUAUAAUCGUAAAAAGCAGCGAGAUGUCAGUAAUGGACAAUUAUAUAUGGACAAUUCAUUUCAAUGGAAGCCAGGACAUGGAACAAUGAACACGUUACCAUCAUUAGCGUUUGAUAAUGAUAUCUACCAGAGUGCUUCACCGGAACAACAAUUGACCUUCCGUCCACAAGAUCAGAAGUUUCCAACAGACCAGACAUACAUAGAAGAACAGCCAUUGGCUUAUGAAAAUGACAGUUAUCUAAGAGUAACACAAGAAGAACAGGAUAAUUUAAUGAAUUCUAAUUUUGCUAAUUUUGAAGACGCUUUUCAGUGAUUCAUGAUCACAUUUUGUAAUUUCACAUGCAACGCUAUCACAUGUAAAUAUUUUCAUCGACAAUAUGACAUAUAUCAGGAUAAUUGUAGAGAAAAAAAUGUAUAUAUUUUAUUUAAUUUAGGAUUUCGAUACUGAUGUUUCUCUUUCCUUUUGUGAAGAAAAAAAUAUCGUUACUAAUGACCCCUCAUUGAUGUAUCUCUUCUAAUUAUUGCAAACAAAGGACAUACAUUUACUUUCAAUUAACAAGUUAUGGAAAAUUACUGUUUUGAAAGAUAAAAACAUUGUUUCGCCAUGUGUGACACUAACUUACUUUUUGUAUUUCGUAAGUUGAAAAUGCAAAAAGUAAGUUAGUGUUACACAUGGCGAAACAAUGUUUUUAUCUUUCAAAACAGUAAAUUUCCAUAACUUGUUAAUUGAAAGUGAGAUAUUGUCGCACAGAAAGUUCUAUGGUAUCUUAAACAAAAUAUCCAUAACAAUGAAA